AUCCAAGUGAAUACUACUCCACUUGGACAGUGGAACCUGCGACCGCUGAUCUUAAGCACGUUCUCCAACAUUGCACUGGAUGGCAGAAUGUUCCACGACCAGCAGAUCAGAAGGUGGAUUCUUAGUUGCAUGGAGUGAUGGACUAAAUGAACAGGGCACUCAACCCUUCGACGUUGGCCUCAUCAAUCAUACACUCCAAUAUGGCAUCUGCUGCCUCCAUUUCCAUCAUUGCAGUAGCAUGGGUUACCUGCAUCUUGUUCUAUGGAAUUUAUUUGGAUACUGCGGUAGUUGUGUUUGAGGCAGCAUCUGAAUCAUCAGCUCUAGAUCUAGAAAUGAAAGCUCUGCAGGAGACUGGGUGGUGGUCAACUACCGAUAGCAGCCAUAACUCAAGUCCUUGUGAGUGGCAAGGUAUUUCUUGCACUGACAGUGGAAGCAUCGCACAGAUUAUAUUAGCCAAUAGCUAUUUGAAAGGUAAGUUGAAACUCAAAUUUUCUUCCUUCCCAAAUUUAUACUUUAUUGAUCUUCAUGGAAAUGGACUUCAAGGGAGCAUCCCAAGUGACAUAGGUACCCUAUCAAACCUCGCCUUCCUUGACCUGUCCUUCAAUCAUCUUAGAGGUGAGAUACCUCUUUCAAUUGUAAGCCUCACCAAAUUAAACAGGCUUACCAUUUCUUCUAACAAAAUCCAUGGUUCCAUUCCCUCGGAAAUAGGCAACAUGAAGAACUUGAAUCGCUUGGACCUUGGUUGGAAUAAAAUCAGUGGUUCCAUUCCCAAAGGAAUAGGAAACUUGAAGAAUCUGAUGCAUGUGGAUCUUAGUUCUAACAAUCUCAUUGGUUCAAUCCCUACUACUCUAGCUGGUUGCUCUAAUUUGCAGGAGUUGUUAUUGAGCCACAACAACUUAACUGGACAAGUUCUCCAUCACUUGGCUGACCUUCAUUCGCUAAGUACCAUUGAGCUUAGUCACAACUUUUUCAGUGGAGAGAUACCCGUUCUACUUGGAUAUGCAGGCUUCUUAUCAGUCUUGAAUCUCAGCAACAAUAAACUUACAGGCAACAUUUCCCUUGCUCUCAUUAACAUAAAAGUAGUUGACUUGUCAUACAACUCAUUGAAAGGAAAAAUUCCUGACAGUUAUGAUCAGUAUCAUCCGCUCGACACACUGAUCGGCAACAAUUAUUUAUGUGGGAACUUCAAGGGUUUCCCUUCUUGCCAUCCUUCUACAUUUGUAAGCAAAAUAAAAUUCAUUGUUCCCAUAGCCAUUUUGCUUGGAUUCUUAGCUCUUGGGGGUUUUAUCCUAUCUCGAUGCAUGGUUAAAAAAAGUCAAUCUAAGUUUACAGAAACAAGGGAUGGGAACUUAUUCUCAAUAUGGAAUCAUGAUGGACAUAUUGCAUAUGAAACGAUCAUUAAAGUAACCGAGGAAUUUGACAUCAAAUAUUGUAUUGGAAUUGGUGCUUAUGGUAGUGUUUACAAAGCUGAAUUACCUGGUGGCAGAACUGUUGCCUUGAAGAAACUUCAUAAGUUACAGGAUGAGAACCCAGCUUUUUAUAAUUGUUUUAAGAAUGAGGUAAAGGUUUUAUUAGAGAUUCGGCAUCGAAACAUUGUAAAACUUCAAGGGUUCUGUUUGCAUAAAAGAUGUACAUUUUUAAUUUAUAAGUACAUAGAAAAGGGUAGCCUACUUUCCGUCCUAAGUAACGACUUAGAGGCUGUGGAGUUGGAUUGGAGCAAUAGAAUGAACAUCAUAAAAGGCACUGCACAUGCCUUAUCUUACUUGCAUCAUGAAUGCAUCCCAUCAAUUCUUCAUCGAGAUAUAUCAAGCAAAAAUAUAUUGUUGAAUUCUGAAUUCCAGGCUUUUGUCUCCGACUUUGGCACAACUAAGCUCCUUGAUCAUGAUUCCUCCAAUCAAACCUUGGUUGCAGGCACUUAUGGUUAUAUUGCCCCUGAGUUGGCCUAUACCUUUGCAGUGACUGAAAAAUGCGAUGUUUAUAGUUUUGGAGUUGUUGCGUUAGAAAUUUUAAUGGGAAGACAUCCAAGUGAAAUCUUGACUCUAUUAUCAUCAUCAUCUUCUCGUGCAGUGAUGUUAAAUGACAUAUUCGACCAACGCCUGCCACCUCCAGUUUGUCUAGUUGUAGAGGAUAUUCUCCUUGUUGCUUCCAUAGCAUUUGCAUGCCUAUGCACCAAACCAAAGUCUUGACCUAUAAUGAAAUGUGUGUCGCAGAAGUUUCUUUCUCGCAAAAAGCCAAUGGUCAAGCCCUUGGAUUCAGUUUCACUUUGGCAAUUGAGGAACCAAGAAACAUAUAUCGUCCAAUCAGGGAGUAGUUCUCAAUCAUGAAGUGGUUGUUGUUGGGUUUAUGAUUAAAAAGAUUGUUUGGUGAACUUAUUUGGAUGAAAAUUGGUAUGUUGAUGCCAAAAAAAUCGUCUGUACUGAGUUGUAGGAGUGUCAGUUUGUGUCGGGUUAUUCAGUUUUGGGUUACCAAUUAGUCAACCUUUUCUGAUCAAAAUAACGAAGGAUGUCAAUUGAGUUCCGGCCA